AUGUCGAUGCGGCCGGAGACCCUGGAGACAAUAAUAAAGAAUGAAGGACCGCAUGAGGCUGACGACGCGCCGGAAGGGGAGAUGAAACAUUCGGAGAUUCGAAAGAUAGUGGAGACGCACCACGCAGGGCUGGUUGACGCGGCCGAGCUUGUUAAGCUAGGACCAUCUCAUUUUCUCCUAGAGCUGGAGCCUAACAAGCCUAAGCAUUUGGACAAGCAACAACGGACGCGCGGUGAGGCGCAAACCAGGGACGCCGAAGCAAGGGGUGGAGCGCUAGUCCGCACCGGAACGACUUUGCGUCACGCUUCGAGCGGGAAUGGCGCCGCUAUUACUCCGGUACCCGCGUCGUUUGAGGCAUAUUUGGCAUCUGAAAAAUCCGGUGAUGAGUAUCGCUUUACGACAGAUCCUGACGUACGUCAGAAUUCUUCGGGUUUCUCUAUGUGA